AUGUCCGUCACAACUUCUGUUUGGUGGCCCGAGGACCGGGUGAAAGCGACUCUCUCUCCCGAAUAUGUCUUCAACAAUCUCCCCUCUCAUCUCCUGUCGCGUCUCGUGGCACCAUUGCCCUGGGGGGAAGGUCUGACGAGCGAGACGUAUCUCGACUGGAUUCUUGCAAAAGCCGGGAGGUUCUUCCUGAUCCUCGUCGAUAUCGGGGUCCCCGAACGCAUCUUCGCAUUGGUAGAUGAGUCCUUUGACGACUCUGACCUGCCUAUUGCGGUCCACAGUGUACAUCGACUGAACCUCGCCCCUGAUUCUCCCGAUUCGGCGUUGGAACAAAAGUUCUUCCUUGCGCAAUGGCGAUUUGUCGUUCGUGGAAUCCGCGAGGGUGAUCAUGUAAAAUACACCGAGAACGAGGGCGUCCCCGUGGAGCUGCAGCGCACCGGCGCGGCUCUGGUAAGGGAAGGUGUGGAAAAGGUUGUUCUGGCUGGCGCAGUCUGUCGCGUGUACCUGCGGACCCAGGUCACUAUCGGUGGUGCACCCCAUUUUUUCGAAGAGGAUGAGGUCCUCGAAGAGAUCCGCUCCCUUAGGAGACUAGCCCAUGACCACGUUUAUUCGAUAUUCGCCUCCUACUUUGUCGACACUACCGUGUGUAUCCUCUUUUCAGGGGUGUACGAACGCACACUGCUGUCGUUCCUGACAGAUCUGCCGCAAGCGUUCAAGCGCCUCCCUAAACCGCAACGCCGUGGUAUUCUCAUCAACUGGCCGCAUUGUCUUGUGAACGGACUGGCAUGGCUGCAUGCCCAUGGUCAAGUUCACGGUGCCAUUCGCCCCUCGAAUAUCCUCAUCGAUUCCGACUACAAAAUCUUCCUCGGCCAAUUUGAGGCACUGGACACGUUACUGCCACCCGUGAAGGUGGACGACGUCGAGGCUUACCAGUAUGGCUCGCCCGAACGUUGGGUGCGUUCCAAUAUUGUACAUGGUGGUGGGCCCCAACGAGCGGCUCUUCCAUCGGGAGGGCGCACCUCCCGGAAGCCAUCGACACGCCCAAACCGACUGAAUCUCUCCAUGCUGAGGGGAUCCAAACAUAUUGAUUCCGAUCCUGUUGGCUCGCGUCCGGAGUCGGUCGUUUCCCAAGGGACAGCUAUCCGUGUUGGGCUUCCCAAUUCACCUUCUCGAUUCUCCUACGCCCUCUCCUCCUCGUCAGGGUCGAGUGAUGGGAGCGCUCGCAAGCGCGGCUUUCCCUCGAUGAAGCACCCUAUUAUCUAUUCUCCCUCCAUUACAUCGUCCAACUCUUCGGGAUCGUCUGGUGGUACGGGACCUGGGUCACCGAAUCCCGUUGGGUUGCCGACUUCCAGUUCGGCGGCAGUGGUCCAAGUCUGGCAGUCGCAUCAGAGCGACCCGGAAGCAUCGGAUGUUUUCUCCCUCGGUGCCGUCGUUCUGGACAUAUUCACACACAUGUGCAAGCGCAAGAUCUCCGCGUUUGCUCACCAUCGCGGCGCCAAAAAUCGGACUGCGGGACGUGGUGGUGGUGUCGCCGACUGUUCCUUCCACUUGGACCGCAACCUGGUCCAAGUCACUUCGUGGAUCACUCUGCUUGACUCGGAUGCGAAGAAACACAAGGACCCUGUGUUUGUGGCUGUGCGGCCGAUGUUGUCCGUGGUACGGGAAAUGCUGAGCAAAGACCCUACCGGUCGUCCUUCGGCCUUCCAGAUCGAGCGGCAGUUCGCCACUGUAAUUGAGCAGUUGAACGGCACUGCUGGCUUGCAUUGUACUUCCAACAUUCAAGUCCGCGAUCUCAAAUCCCAAAGCCCAUUUCGUGAAGCGAAGCAAUCCCCCCAGAAACAGCAGCAGCUGGGAGUUUCUUCGCCCCGAGGAACUCUGCCGACCACUGCUACAAGCAGUCCGUUGACUUCAGAAUUCUCCCCCGAGGCUCAUGCAACCUCGGGGCCCCCCAGUUUUUCUCCCGAAGCUUCUGUCACCAGUUUCAAUUUUCCCGACUGGACUCGGUCCUACUCCCAGAGUAGCGACACCGACUACGAGAGUAGCAGCGGGUACGAAACUAGCCUCGACCAUAAUCCAUGGCGGGACCCGGACCCUGUUCUGGGACCGGUGUCUAUCAACGAUCCUACAUGGGAGUACAGGAUCACAUCUGGAGAUCGAUGA